AGAGAAAGGGGGGGUUCAAAGUUGACACCUUGUGCAACAUUGCUGCAAACUGCAAUCACAUGAGAACACAUGAAACAUAAAUUAUAAUUUCUUCACAACUGUCCUGGCGAGUUCCUUCUAUAUGUACACCUGCCUUUUGUAUUCUGUGGGGGUAACGGAAUAUUUUGGAACUGAAACUCUCCAGGAACUGUAAAGUAAGGACGUUUGAAGACACGCAUGCGUGAACCAUUUCUUGAUAUUUCCUCACGUGGGGACUCGUUCAGUGUGUCAAAUCCACGCUCAAAGAAGUCGGUGCUCAACAUUACAAGGUCUCUCACAUAAAUGGCUUUCAGGAAAUUCCUUCCCAUGUUUGACCGGGUGCUGGUGGAGCGUCUGGCUGCGGAGACUAUGUCAAAGGGGGGCAUCAUGUUGCCAGAGAAGGCCCAAGGCAAGGUUCUGCAGGCCACAGUGGUGGCAGUGGGACCAGGCUCCACAAACCAGGAUUUCUACAAUUGGCCGGAUGAAUCCUUUGAGGAGAUGGACAGCACUCUGGCUGUACAACAGUACAUUCAGCAGAACAUCCGGUCAGACUGCUCUAACAUCGAUAAGAUCCUGGAGCCUCCAGAGGGACAGGACGAGGGAGUGUGGAAGUACGAGCACCUCAGGCAAUUCUGUCUGGAGCUGAAUGGACUAGCUGUGAAACUGCAGAGUGAGUGCCACCCAGACACCUGCACGCAGAUGACUGCCACAGAGCAGUGGAUCUUCCUAUGUGCUGCACACAAAACCCCCAAAGAGUGUCCUGCCAUUGACUACACCAGGCACACGCUGGACGGAGCUGCCUGCCUUCUCAACAGCAACAAGUAUUUCCCCAGCCGUGUGAGCAUCAAGGAGUCCUCUGUAGCCAAGCUGGGCUCUGUGUGUCGCCGUAUCUAUAGGAUAUUCUCUCAUGCCUAUUUCCACCAUCGCCAGAUAUUCGACAAGUAUGAGAAUGAGACGUUCCUGUGCCAUCGGUUCACACGCUUCGUGAUGAAGUACAACCUGAUGUCCAAGGACAACCUCAUCGUUCCUAUCCUGGAGGAGGAGGUCCAGAACGCUUCAGCCGGGGAGAGCGAGGCCUGAGAGGAGAGCUGCACACAGGAGACCAGACGUGUAUUCAAAUACUGCUUGAUUGAGCUUGCCUGUUACAAUGGAACCAAGAGAAGUCCCACAUGUGCAAACCCCACCCAUCUGGCACUCUAAAGCAAAUGCUCAAAGUAUUUGAAAGAUUUCAGAUAGUAUUUGAACCAAUGAUUUUUAUAUACACUAGACUGACAGGGGGCGCUGUUUUGAAGCCACCGCGCCUCCCAACUUGGCACCAUUGUAAAACAAAUGUCUACAAUUGUUUUUGACACAUUUACUCUAUUACAGACAGCUACAUGCAUAAUUCGUAAUUGUGUGAGCUAAAAGUAAAAAAAAUGUAAUUUUAAACAUCCUUAAAAGUACUAAUGUUACUGGCCCCGCUACAACGACAAUACUUAAAUAUAUGUAAUUUUGUCCUUGAAACAUUCAAGUGGAAUUCCUAUGGACUGCCAAUAUGGCCGACCGGUGGCUCCAAAGCCUCUCAUUAGCCAAUGCAUAGCAUCAGCAAUCCAGAGUUUAUAUACAUCAUUGAUUUGAACCCAGGUCUGAAACAGCUACACACUACAGACAGGCUCUCACUACUUGCUUUAACAUUUUAAGCACCUGGAUUUGCUCAACCUACAUAAAACCAUUAUGUGUUCAUGAAAAGGCACACUCAUGGGCUCCCUGUAUAUAACCUCUGCUCUCCCAUGUCCCCCUCCAUCUUGUUUUCCUGGUGCUUUACAUUCUCUCUGUUGCCUUUGUUCUCUCUCGCUGAAUUGUAAAUGGACCCCUUGCCACUCCUGUAGAUCUGAGAGGAUUGGUGGGUAAAUGCAGACAUUUCCAUGCAGCCCAUUGGAAGGCAAGAUGAAGCUAUGACUAUAAUGCUUCUGUAUCCAAUCUGCUCAAAUGUACAGGUGUGUGUAGGGUUUAGAGGCUAUGGAUCCAUUUGUGGUUCAGAAUCUCUGCUUUUGUUGCUCUGAGUACAUACCUCCGUCACCAUUUACCCUCCCCCUCGACAUUAAGUUAUUUUGUGAGGAGUCUUGUCUAUCUGCCCCACUUUUUAAUUUUCCUUUUUUAAUGAACUGAAUUUUGUUACAUUUUCAUGAUGUCUGUUAAUAAAAAAAGACUGUUACCCAA